UCUCUUCUGAUCACAUCCUGCAAGGCGAAGAACAAAAACAGAAAGAAAAUCGGGUCCUUUGAGGGAAAAAUAGGUAAAUGAAAAAGAAUCUUUAAACGGCAGAUUUCUGAAAUCAUAGCCGUCUUCUUUAAUCCAAUUCCCUCGAAGAACCCUGAAUUUCUUUCUUCAUUUCCCAAUUGCCAAGUGUUUGAUAGAAAGCCAUGGGAAUUAGCGGCCCCGGUGAUUUUCUUAGCAUUCACCCAACAGAACUCAAGUUUCCAUUUGAAUUGAGAAAGCAGAGUUCAUGUUCUUUGCAACUCACCAACAGGACUGAUCAAUAUAUUGCAUUCAAGGUUAAAACAACCAAUCCCAGAAAGUACAGUGUUCGGCCGAAUGCUGGUGUUAUUCGGCCUGGUGCCAUUAGCAAUGUCACCGUUACAAUGCAGGCGCAUAAAGAGAUGCCCCCUGAUAUGCAGUGCAAAGAUAAGUUUCUAGUUCAGAGUGUUGUCAUGCCUGAGGGUGCAAAGGAGUUAAAUCAGCAGAUGUUCGAGAAGGAAGAUGGAAAGGUCAUUGGGGAGUCCAAAUUGAGGGUUGCUUAUAUUCCUGCCAACCCCCCUUCUCCAGUCCCUGAAGAACCUGAAGAAGAUUCUUCUCCCAUAUCAUCUAUGAUUGAUGAUGAGGUUAAAAGUUCUGAGCAUGUAAGUAGGACUUUUGAGGAGUCAACAGGCGGAGCAUCCUCUUCAGAGGAUUGGCCUAUGAUAUCAAAGUUGAUGGAGGAGAAGACUUCUGCUACUCAACAGAAUCAAAAGCUUUAUCUUGAGCUGGAAAAGACGAGGAAAGAAAUUCUCAGGAAUCAAGUUGGUCGUGUCUCCCUGUUCAUCGCGUUACUCAUUGGUCUAGUAGGUGUGCUAAUUGGGUACUUUAUCAGAUGAAGCGAGUAUUCCAGAGCAGGCAAUUUGCAUGGAAAGAUGCUAUUAUUGUUAGUGCCAUUUGAUAAUCCAUUUCUUUUUGAACGUCGAAAUUUAGUUUAUCAUGUCUUCCUUUCAAAAAUUUUGUAGACAAAUACCAUUGAUCAUUUUACAUGUGAGGGACUGGUUUCUGUGGAAUUUCAAAGGGACCUUGCCUUUUUCUGGGUGUUUGUUUUGUCAAGUUGAAGGGGGGGAAAGUAGCAGUCAAGAUAGAGAAGGAUUGGGAGUUUAUGGCUGCAGCGGAGUUUGAUGACAGCUCGUUUGUGAUUGGUGAAUGUCAGCUGUGACUGCUUCGGUGCGUCGUCUGUAGAGGGUGGUGCUUUCUUCUCUACAGAAUUGUUAAAAGCUGUCCUGUGGCUCCUGGUUUAAGUGACCUUGCCUGCAGAAAAGUACAACAAUACUAUUUAUUUGAAAAAAGAAUCACCGUACAACAAUUUGUAAAA